AGUCUACAUCAGUCUGCCAGGAGAGCAGCUCAAUGGGAAGGAGGUUUAUCCAGACCAAGUUAAAGGCAGAGAGCUUCCAGAAGAGAAUAAUGGAGAAUCCAUCAGGAUACAAGAUCAUGGAAAUGCUUCCAUUUCUUUUAAGACUGAAGACACUGAGGAGGAUGAAGAAGACAGUAAUGUAGAACACCCUCUAUCUGACCUGAAACACUUGUCAGACUCUCAAUAUAAGAUAUGUUCUACAGAGAAGAAAAAUGUGGAGUCAUCUAGCAAAGGCCGCAGUGGAGUGAAGCUUAGCUGCAAAGACUGUGGCAAAAUAUUUGUUGGAAAAUGUGCUUUAAAGACACACAUGAGAAUCCAUACAGGAGAGAAGCCUUUCUGUUGUGAUCUAUGUGGAAAAAGAUAUGUCCAAAAAUCAAGGUUAAACACACACAUGAAAACCCAUACAGGACAGAAGCCUUUCUUUUGUGAUCUAUGUGGAAAAAGCUUUGGUUACAAAUCAGCUUUCAACACACACAUGAGAACCCAUACAGGACAGAAACCUUUCUGUUGUGAUCUAUGUGGAAAAAGAUUUAGCCAACAAUCAAAUUUAAACACACACAUGAGAUUCCAUAAAGGACAAAAGCCUUUCUGUUGUGAUCUAUGUGGAAAAAGAUUUUGCAUGAAAUCACAUUUAAAACCACACAUGAGAACCCAUACAGGAGAGAAGCCUUUCUGUUGUGAUCUAUGUGGAAAAAGAGUUAGCAAUAACUCCUCUUUAAAAAACCAUAUGAGAACCCAUACAGGAGAGAAGCCUUUCUGUUGUGAUAUAUGUGGAAAAAGAGUUAGCGAUAAAUCCUCUUUAGAAAAACAUAUGAGAAUCCAUACAGGACAGAAGCCUUUCUGUUGUGAUAUAUGUGGAAAAAGCUUUAGCUCCAAAUCAAGUUUAAACACGCACAUGAGAAUCCAUACAGGACAGAAGCCUUUCUGUUGUGAUAUAUGUGGAAAAAGCUUUAGCUCCAAACCAAGUUUAAACACGCACAUGAGAACCCAUACAGGAGAUAAGCCUUUCUGUUGUGAUCUAUGCAAAAAAAGCUUUAGCCAACAAUCACAUUUAAACACACACAGGAGAACCCAUACAGGACAGAAGCCUUUCUGUUGUGGGCUAUGUGGAAAAAGCUUUAGCCAACAAUCAAAUUUAAACACACACAUGAAAAUCCAUACAGGACAGAUGCCUCUGUUAAUUUCUGAUGAUUAAAACGUUGAUAAAUAAAAAUGUAAACAAGUAGUUUGAAUGAAAUUCAGGAAAAGUGAAACAAAAUAAAACAGGAAAAGGGUAACUAAGAGCAAGUGUUAAUGAUUUUAUAAACAAUUGGACUACAAAUUUAAACACAUUUCAGUUUAAAGCUUAACUAAAACAAUCACAGUCAAUACUAAGCAAAUAAGUUUAUAAUCUUGAUUUAAAAGAACUCACCAUUUCAAGCACUUUUUACAGUCUUCUGGAAGUUUGCUCCAGUUGGUAGAAUAUAGGAAGCCAACUCUUUACAAGUUGUAAGGCGCUCUGGGGUCAUCGGAUUAGUUAAAGUGCUAGGGGUUAAAGUUCUCCGUAGCUGUGACGGAUUUCCGCCAUUUGGAUAUUGUGCGCAAAAAGUGGAUAUUGUGCGCAAAAUAAAUGGUGGUCAAUGGUUUUCUUUGGAUUCAUGCGAACCAGCAGAUCAGAAAGUUCAGCGGAUAGAACAUCUGAUAAAAGCUUCCCUCGGUAAGCGUGUCUGUCGCUGCUCCUGCAGUUAAUCAAUGAGUUAUUUCCACCUGUGGCCAUGUCACCUGUCAGCGUUUAUUCCCCCGCUUCCAGUAACUUAGCUGAUAAACGCGGCGACCAACCAUGGAUCUCCUCGUGAUUCGCUAUUAUGUUUGAUUCAAAACAGAAAGAAGAGUAAAGCGCUAGCUCAGGCUAAUUUAGCAUGACCCUAGAAGAAGAAGGGUUGUAAGUGAAACAAUGUCCCGCAUUUGAUGGGUCAGAUUUGGGAAAAAGUAAAAAAAAAAAACGCUUCUCCCGGCCCCGUCUAGCGAUCGCCACCUCCCCUCCGCCGC